UAGCAUCACUCCCCCUUCCUCAGUCUGACGGUAGCCUGGUAUUGGCUGUACAGUCUCUAUGGGAUUAUUCAUUCAAGAGUGUAAUUCUUUCCUGGUAGUCUAGUUGUUCUCUACUGAAUGAAGUUUGCCUUUCCUUUCUUUCAGUUCUGGGAAAUCCAGUUAAUUAUACAAAUAAGAGCAAACGUUAUGUGCUGAGUCAGUGCUGUGGGGGAAGCAGUAGUGUGGCUUCCUGGCCGAGCAAGGUUCUCUGUUGGAAUUGUUGUACUAAACCAGUGUUGCCUUCCUGAAAUCUCUGCUCUGACAGAGCUGUAACUGAACUGUUUCAUAUGAAAAGUCGUAUUUUUUUCUUGUGCAGAAUGUGAAGAAGCAGAUGUCACAUCUGAAGAAAAAAAAAUACAAGAUAUCAGAGUUUGAUUUGGGAGUUGCCAUUCUGGGUUAUAGACUGCCAUGUGGGAAGGCUUUCCUGUCAGUUCCUUAAGGUUGUUCUUUAUGAAGGAUGUACCAAUCUUUGUUUUCUCUGCUGUAAACUGGUUGCUGUUUGUUCCCUUAUUGCUGUGUGCAGGUGAAGAAGUCUGGAGAUGUCUGGGAUGUGGGGACAGCAUUGCUGCUGGGCAGCGCCUCCACAAGACUGUCAAUGAGGCUUGGCACAUCUCCUGUUUCCGGUGCUCUGAAUGCCAGGAUCCCCUCACUAACUGGUACUAUGAGAAAGAUGGGAAGCUGUACUGUCACAAAGACUACUGGGGGAAGUUUGGGGAAUCUUGCCAUGGCUGCUCUCUGCUGAUGACUGGACCUGUGAUGGUGGCUGGCGAAUACAAGUAUCACCCUGAGUGCUUUGCUUGUAUGAGCUGCAAAGUGAUCAUUGAAGAUGGGGACACUUAUGCACUGGUGCAACAUUCCACUCUCUACUGUGGAAAAUGCCAUAACCAGAUUGUGCUGACACCGAUGAUAGAAAAGCACUCCACUGAGUCUCUGCGUGAGCAGCUGCCUUAUACACUGACCCUCAUCUCCAUGCCAGCAGCCACGGAUGGCAAGAGGGGAUUCUCUGUGUCUGUUGAAGGUGGCUGCUCCAGCUAUGCCACUGGUGUCCAGGUGAAAGAGGUUAACAGGAUGCACAUCAGCCCAGAUGUCCGAAAUGCCAUCCACCCUGCAGAUCGGAUCCUGGAGAUCAAUGGAGCUCCCAUUCGAACCUUACAGGUGGAGGAGGUGGAGGAAUUGAUUCGCAAGACAAGCCAGACCCUUCAGCUGCUGAUCGAGCACGACCCCGUGUCGCAGCGCUUGGACAGGCUCCGCCUGGACUCCCGCCUUCCCAGCCACAUGAAGGCGCCCAUCUCCCCUCGCUCCCUCUCUCCUCUGGACAUCAAGGAGAACCUGGAAGGAACGCUGCGACGGCGCUCCCUCAGGCGCAGUAACAGCAUUUCCAAGUCUCCUGGCCCCAGCUCUCCAAAGGAACCUCUCCUCCUGAGCCGUGACAUCAGUCGUUCUGAGUCCCUGCGCUCCUCUUCCAGCUGCUCCCAGCAAAUCUUCCGGCCCUGUGACCUGAUUCAUGGUGAAGUUCUAGGAAAAGGAUUUUUUGGACAAGCAAUCAAGGUGACUCACAAAGCAACAGGAAAGGUGAUGGUGAUGAAGGAGCUGAUUCGCUGUGAUGAGGAAACUCAGAAGACUUUCUUGACAGAGGUGAAGGUGAUGCGCAGCCUGGACCACCCCAACGUGCUGAAGUUCAUUGGUGUGCUGUACAAGGACAAGAAGCUCAAUCUCCUCACCGAGUACAUCGAGGGGGGCACGCUGAAGGACUUCCUCCGCAAUGCAGACCCAUUCCCCUGGCAGCAGAAGGUCAGCUUUGCCAAAGGGAUUGCCUCUGGAAUGGCUUACUUGCACUCCAUGUGCAUCAUUCACAGAGACCUGAAUUCACACAAUUGCCUGAUCAAGCUGGAUAAGACAGUGGUGGUGGCUGACUUUGGUCUGUCUCGGCUGAUUGUGGAGGAGAGGAAGAAGCCGACCUUGGAGAAGCCAUCUGCCAAGAAACGGACGCUGCGCAAGAGCGACAGGAAAAAGCGCUACACGGUGGUGGGGAACCCGUACUGGAUGGCCCCAGAGAUGCUGAAUGGACAGAGCUACGAUGAGAUGGUGGACAUUUUUUCAUUUGGGAUUGUUCUCUGUGAGAUCAUAGGCCAGGUUUAUGCUGACCCAGACUGUCUCCCACGCACACUGGAUUUUGGCCUUAAUGUCAAGCUGUUCUGGGAGAAGUUUGUUCCUGCUGAUUGUCCUCCAGCCUUUUUCCCUCUGGCUGCUAUUUGCUGCAGACUGGAACCAGAGAGCAGGCCCCCUUUUUCCAAGCUGGAAGAUUCCUUUGAAGCUCUCUCUCUGUACCUGGGAGAACUUGCCAUCCCCCUUCCAUCUGAGCUGGAGGAGCUGGACCACAAUGUGAGUGUGCAGUAUGGACUGAACCGUGACAAGCUCCCUGAAAACACAACCUAGGUUGCUCGUCCUGCUGCCUGCACCACUGCACUGGAGCUGGGUGAGCAGCAGGGAGGGAGAUGCACUUCAGCCACUUCCAGGGCAUUAAUGGGGCACCACGCUGUGCAUCUGCUGCACUGCCUCUCUCUCCCCACCCAGCUUCCCUCCUCUUGGAUAUCCUGAUUCACUGUGGAUUCCUGGCAUGUUUCAGAAGCAAAAAGGAUUGUUUCCUGCCAGCUGCACCUAGGAAAGCCGCUGAACACUAUUUUUCUGGCUUGAGAAAUAUUUCUCUGGCCUUUUUAGGCUUCUUUACUGUGGUGCCUUAGAACUUGGCUGCAAGCUGUGAAGCCACCCUGGCCUGUCUGUCAGGGAGGGAAUUGCUAUAGGAGACUCUCCUGGGUAAGGACCAGUACUUCUGGAACAGCUUCUCCCACUGACUGCCCUGCCCAGAAAGCUGGGGAAAUUGGACAUCCAGCAACAUGUCUCACCAGGACAGCACAUGUAUGUAUUUGCAUGUGUUUCCCAGAACAACCCACUGAGAUUCCGGCCUCUGACACGCAACAGAGGAAGGAGUAAAAAGCCCCAGGAAUUGGGCAGCUCUCCUGAAAUACCAUGUCUCUGGGGAAGCACAUAUGAAUUGUUGUUUUGGUUUUGUGGGCUUUUAUUCCUUCUGUGUCUCUGAAUACCUCUAAAAGCCUACCUAGAAACACAAAGACUGCCUAGAAACACUAAGACUGAGCUCUGCUUGCCCCUCCUGAUGGCAGAUGAGGCAGGCAGCAAAUGAGCCACUGGAGCAUUUUCAGACCCUGCGCCUGCCCAAAACCUUAACCUAGGUGAAAGUAUUUGAACCUGAAUGUGUAGUUCUGCACUAGGCACUGGGUAUUGGACAUUCCUGAGUGCUUGAGCUCUUGGCCUGUGGAUGUGAGGUGACAGAAAUGGUGGCAGAAGGUGCUUGUCAGAAAGCCAAACGUUUGAAGUGGCUCAAACCUUGGGCAUGGACAAUGGCAAAAGGGGACUUGCCCAAGGUUAAUUAAAGGAUGGACUUGUCAUGAAUAGAAAAGUGCUGGAGAAUGCCCCAUCCUCCCUGGAGUGGCAGCUGGAGAACUAAUAAUUUGGUUGCCACUACCUCAUCCUUUCCUGCAGAUUGUGCAAGUUGCUCCCUUUGAAGGUCCUUCUUGCAGCUGCUGCUGCAGCACCUGAGCUGAUUCUCCAAACAGAAAUUUUCCUCAGGGUCAUUCCCUGCUCGUGGGGAUGGGGAGGGGAAAGGGCUUGGAGUCAUUGGGAGGUGGGUAGGGCUGUAUUUUCUUCCAGUACUUCUUCUUCCCUUGGUGGAGAAGGAAGGAAGGAAGCUACUGCUGCAGUAGCUCACGUGGUUGACAGAACUGAACAAAAAACUGAAUCAAGUUCUGCUCUAAGUCUCACAAACAUCAUGGUUUAACUGGAUUUUUAGUGGGCUCCUUUUUCCCUCCUCCUCCCUUCAGCAUUGAAUGGUGGGGAAUGGGUGUUAGUCUUUGCUGUUACUUUGGUUUCCUCCCCUACCCAUGAGUUUUAAGUAUUAUGUAAAAUAACAUGGGACCAGCCAUCACCUGAUAUCAGGUAUGCAAGGGGGGUGUUUUUAGUCUCUGUAGUGGUGUUUUAGAAACACUAGGGACUCCUUGUGCUGUAAGUCAGGCAGGAGCCUCUCUAAACUGGGUCCAGUGGAUCCAGGAUUGUUAAUAGGAUUUGCCCUUUCAUUCCCCCUCCCAGGCUGGUUUGUGAGGGGACGCCUGAAGGGAGAGUCCUGCGUGAUGUGUGGGUGGGGUUUAUGAACUGUGAUUUGCACAGCUCCACGUUCUAACUAAAUUAAAGAGCAGUAACUGUAUGCUGUUGCAAACAAGGUUUUGUGGUCUCUGUGUUAAAUAAAGCCAGAAGCUGUCACUUU